GCUUGUGAUAGCAGGAUGACCGCACAACCCCACCUGCCUUGCCUACAUGUACGGCCCUAUGCUGUGCUGGUUUAUGCUCCCAAGCAGCUGUCACUGUCACCAUCAUCCCACCUUGGCUUCUCUUUGUCUCAUCCAUUUUCCCUUCCCACUUACCCAAAGUCAAUCAAUUCCGCCGAUCAGGCUCUGCAGUAAUCACCUGCAAGCCCUUGUUAGGUACUAAACAGAAGAUUAUCCUAACUUACCUGACCUACCUAUAGGCACCAAUCACUGGCCAUUUGUAGAAGUUAGAGCUUUGGGACCGGCACACCUGUAACCAGUCUCAAGCCUCUUGAGAAUUCCCCCUGCAUCGAGAAAACGGUUCUGUGUUCGUGAGACAACUUGCAACGAAACACACCAUUGGCCCUCAAAAGCGUUGUCGUAUGCAUCGUCCAGGAUUACGCAUGACACAUGGGAUAUUCAUUAUACUAAAUAUAUCAGUCUUCAAAUUGAUGAAGAUUAUCUUUAAGUGAUUUAAGAAGCCCCAAGCUAAAGUCAAGCGAACAAAGAAAGGGUACUACUAGGUAGAGAGGGGAAAAAGUGUCAAUACUCUUCUCUUUCUCUUCUCUUUAUUCUCUUCCUCCUCCAAGAUAACAACUGCAACUUGGGCAAGGUUAUCUGGAGAGAGUACUAUCUAUACCUAGGAUCUCGAGACCCCUAUUAGAACCGCCAACAUGGAAACACCAAAGAUUCCUGCCCCGGAGGACGAAGGGGAGAAAGGAGUCCUCGAAAGCCUAAUCGCCAUUCGCGACCAAUUACAAUUGCGUAAACUCGAUCGAACGACCUACGUUCGAACCCAAGAUGUUAUGGUCCUAUAUGAUCAAACCAUUGAGCAGGUCAGGAUUCUAUACGAAAUCAGAAAUGGGAAGGUUGUGGAAGAAAAUCGAGUCGAUAGAGUUGUAGACAGCUGCUUUCAACUGCUAUCGCUAUUCUUCAUGACAAUCGGUCGAAACAAUGAAGCGCCCGCGGCCUAUGCGCUAACGUCGACCAUCAAGCGACUCCUAGAUCACUUGACCGAAGCUAAUUUGUUCAGUGCUCAAGAUCUUGAGAGCAUGUCACAGACGUUGGUGCAUUUAUCGGAGAUAGUGCAUAACUCUGCUAGUACGAAGCCUGCGCCCUUCCUCGAGACCUUAAUUACGCAACGGAUAGAUCGGUGUCGGGUUUCCUUGGCCAACCUGCAACAGAAAAUCAACGACAUUGCCGAGCCGCUGAGACCCACGGCGGAUAAACUUGUUUCGAUACUGAGACAGAUGGCAGUGAUUAAUACAAAAUCCAGGUUCUCGCCAGGGGAGAUACAGAAACUCGAAGCGCAGCUUAGAGAAAUUGGCGAUAAGCGAAAAGAUGGGCAGUUUAUGGAUGAUGACGGAAAUAUUCUGAAAGGGAGUCAGCACAUUUCAAAGCUAUUGGACAGAUGUAUAGAGUAUACGAAAAUCGUGGUUGAAAGAAACGGCCAAUUUCCAGACAAAUGGAAACCUGUCUACGAAGUACUUGUCGGUAUUAGAAACGAACUCGAUAAGUUGUCAUUGACACAAGCGUGGUCAUUGCGGGAAACAGAUUUAUAUGAUUAUCAACGACAGCUGGACAGGAUUGAUGAGAGUAGAGUGAAUGGUAACUGGCUAGAUGACCAAGGACGACCAGCUGAUCUCUACGUCCAACGAACACUCCUCUACCUGAUUCGAAGAAGCUACGGCUAUAUCUAUCAACUUAUGAUAUCGUCGGAGCCUGUUUCCGAAGCGCUACUGCCGAUUUACAACCAAUUACAAACUCUAAAGCGCUGUCUCGUGGAGGUAAAGAAUAGCGGUGGCGUAAGCUCGGCUAGGGAGCUUUACCCCUAUAGUAUGAAGCUACACUCAAUCGAUAAUAUGAAAGUGGACGGGAAAUUUAUGGUUGGGGAAGAUAUCCCUGAGGGCCAAGGCAGUGUGGCUGAACUACUAGCUGAGUGCUUCGACCUCAACUACGAGCUUCGUGUCGCAGCGGAAUCAGCAACACCAACACCUCCGCCAGAACGACAACAGGGGCCGGAGUCGUAAUGUUUACAAUAUGCUUUGGUUUUAUGAUACUUGGUUUGUACAACUUGACCUUUGGGUGCAUGGGAGGUGUUGACGGUAGUACUACGAGGAAUCUGUUUGUCAAGGGGCGCACAAUGGUACCUAGUGGCCCUAUUAUAGACGAGACUUGAACUUGGCAUGCUAUUAAUAACGGGGUAGCCGUAGCUCACAAGUUAUUCAUAGGAACUAAAUACAUGAGGGA